GCAUCUAACAGUAUUAUGGCCAGAGGACUCAGACCACAGCUGCAUCCCUGUGAGGCACAGAUUCUCCAGGGCACGCGGGUCCCACGUGGGAUGUGCACACUCAGGAUUGUCCUCCCAGGCUGGCAGCGGGACCCCAGCGGCACCAUGUCUGCCCUCGGAGUCAGCGUGGCCCUGUUGGUGUGGGUGGCCGUCCUCCUGCUGGUGUCCAUCUGGAGGCAGGUGCACAGCAGCUGGAAUCUGCCCCCAGGCCCUUUCCCACUUCCCAUCAUCGGGAACCUCUUCCAGUUGGAAUGGAAGAAUAUUCCCAAGUCCUUCACCCGGCUGGCCCAGCGCUUCGGGCCGGUGUUCACGCUGUACGUGGGCUCGCGGCGCGUGGUGGUUGUGCACGGCUACAAGGCGGUGAGGGAAGUGCUGCUGGACCACAAGGACGAGUUCUCGGGCAGAGGCGACAUCCCCGCGUUCCACGCGCACAGGGACAGGGGCUCCUCCUGGGAGCGCUUUCGCCUCGUGUUCAACCGCCUGGGCACAGGUGGCUUCGUCCACCGAGGUCCCCUCACCCACGCUGAGGCGUCGGAAGCUGCGGACACUGCGCGCCUCGGGGCUUUGCUCAGCGGCAGCUGGCCGGACAGCCUUGCUUCUGGAGCACGUGAGCACAGCUUUGCCAGGCACUUUCUGAGUGCCCUGCAGGCGCCUCCUAGGAGUGGUCCCAUUCAUAUCCUGGCAGAGAAGCUCCAUGAAGAAAUUGACAGGGUGAUUGGGCCAAGCCGAAUCCCCGCCAUCAAGGAUAGGCAAGAGAUGCCCUACAUGGAUGCUGUGGUGCAUGAGAUUCAGCGGUUCAUCACCCUCGUGCCCUCCAACCUGCCCCAUGAAGCAACCCGAGACACCAUUUUCAGAGGAUACAUCAUCCCCAAGGGCACGGUCAUAGUGCCAACUCUGGACUCUGUUUUGUAUGACAACCAAGAAUUUCCUGAUCCAGAAAAGUUUAAGCCAGAACACUUCCUGGAUGAAAGUGGGAAGUUCAAGUACAGUGACUAUUUCAAGCCAUUUUCCGCAGGAAAACGAGUGUGUGCUGGAGAAGGCUUGGCUCGCAUGGAGUUGUUUCUAUUGUUGUCUGCCAUUUUGCAGCAUUUUAAUUUGAAGCCUCUCGUUGACCCAAAGGAUAUCGACAUCAGUCCUGUAAAUAUUGGGUUUGGGUGUAUCCCACCACGUUUCAAACUCUGUGUCAUUCCCCGUUCAUGAGUGUGAGGAGGACCCCCAGAAUCCCCUGCUUUCAAACAAGUUUUCAAAUGGUUUUAGGUCUGGCUUCCUCAAACCGAUUCCUUUCUUUGCAUAUGAAUAUUUGAAAAUAAAUAUUUUCCCAGAAUAUAAAUAAAUCAUCACAUGAUUAUUUUAACUACA